CAGUAGUCUCAAGUUUGAUGUGUUGGUGCGGAUCGGCGUUGAAGAGUGAGGCAAGGGAAGCAAGGACGAUGAGUAAGACUAAUCAGAUUGAGAGUGUAUAGCGAUUGUGAUUCUUUGGUUUCCAUAGAUUAGCGGGCGAGAAGAAGAGAGAAGAUGGUGAGGGAAGUAUCAGAGAGUUGCGUAGAUAGCUUGCUGACGGAGAUGGUGGCGUGCUAUUGCAAUCGAUUCUAUGCUAACAAACCUGAACUCGCAGCACGCAGGAUCGAGGCCAUUGGAUAUCAGGUCGGUCACCAGCUCUCUGAAAGGUAUACCAUGGAGCGGCCUCGGUUCACGGAUCAUCUGGAGGCCAUCAAGUUCAUUUGCAAGGAUUUCUGGUCUGAGCUCUUUAAGAAGCAGAUAGACAACUUGAAGACAAAUCAUAGGGGUACAUUUGUGUUGCAAGAUAAUAAAUUUCGUUGGCUUGCACGGAUGUCGGUUGAUCCGUCCAUUGAUAAUGCUAGUUCAGUUGAAGAUAAUUCUGCACCUACACCUGAAAACAAGGCAGCACAAGCAAUGAGCAUGCAUCUUUAUUUCCCGUGUGGGAUUAUUAGAGGAGCUCUUUCCAACUUGGGAAUUCCUUGUGCAGUUUCUGCAGAUAUAUCAAACCUUCCUGCAUGUUCAUUUGUGGUCCGUAUAAAAGCUUGAUGAGUUCAUAAUUAUAUUACUGAAGGGAGGGGAAGCCUUAACAUCGUUCAAACAAUGCUUUGAUGUCUGCGAGCGCUUCUGUCAUAAAAUGCUCCCUUGGGAAAUGUUUCUUUACCAGAUUUAAACUAUAUCAAAUGUUAUUGACUUGGUUGUGUAGAAAGGGCUCCUGAGAUAGUAUUUUGAUAAAUGAGAAUUUGGUUCUUUCAGAUGCAGAUUCUACGGAGAGUACACGAUAAUAUCGAAUUAUUGUGCUGUGUGGAAUGACACCGAGAAUAUCAGUCAUCGUAAUUUGUUGCUCUUUGUAUGGAAUGGAUGUUAGCCUUAUAAGUUGUAUAACUUUUUUUAUUUCCAAUUUGCUUGAGCGUGGCUUCUUUUUAGGACUAGCUUAAAUUGAUCAGUUAUAAAUAUUUGAUUACGAGGAAUUUGAUCUAA